AUGGCCACUAACUGUUUUUCCUCGGGGUUGGGGAAUUAUUUCCUUUCUCAACAGUUACUGAAAUUUUUAGAUAAAAGUGACCAGGACUGUGAAAGCAGUGGUGGCAGGAAUAAUGCUGCAGUGUUCCACUUAGCAGGACUCACUGUCCUCACCAAUGCAAAUGGAGAUGACUCCCAACAAGAUGGUGAAUCACUGGAGAAAAUUCCCAGAUCAAGAAGAGAAUUAAAGAAGAAAAUAGAAAGUGAAGAGCCAGCCCCCGUGGGCCCAGUAAUGUUUGAAAGGAUUUCCUUAGAAAGUGGGUUAUGGAAAGUAUAUCAUGUUUCUAAAAGGCAUCAGAUAGAGUUGACGCUACCUUAUUUUCUAACUAAGACCUGGGAAAUUCAAGGUGUUGGCAUUUCAAAUAAAGGUCUGUGUGUUGCUGACGUGCUGCGGCUCCAGCCAAACAACGACGGUUUCCUGGUCUUAAACAACAAUGUGACAAGAGUCAGUGAAGAGGGACAGUUCCAGGAACCUAACCCUCAUCUUACAAACAAUGGCUAGAGUUCCAGCAGCCACCAUGAGCCAUGAGGUAACACUGAAGAUGGAAGCUAGAUGAUAGCAUGGUGGAACAAAAAAAUAAUGGCCCCUGCCUCUGAUGACAUAUGGAAAUGCCAUUGUAGCCCUGAACUUCUUUAAUGUAAGAGAGAAAUAAACAUUUACCUCA